AUUUUAAAUUAUUUUUUUCUCCUUGCAUUAACUCUGCUGACCCCAUAGUCGGCACAAGCCUCUGAUGAUGCUGAGGAAAAUUUAAGUACUCUAAUUCGAAUUCGGUUAUUCACACGAUAAGUGGACUAUUUGGGAAAUAAUAGAAUGGUUUGGAAGUUGCUUAGUACCAUUUUCAGUUCACAUAGCUCUGUUAGAUUUGUUUCAUUUCAAUCAAUUAAAUCGGCUGUGAUGGUUAGACAAUGAUAUAUUUACUGUAACCAUUGGGUGCUCCUUGAUAUUCUUUAAAUCUUCCUAGGAUUGCAUAAACCCAGGGAAUUUGGUUGUCUGAGAGGUUGACUAUUUACUACCCACUUUCACUUUGCCAUCUUAUUGUAUAUCAACUCUCUUUGCAGAAUUCUGUCUGCCAUCCCUGUAAUUGAUAUACCUCUGAGCACAUAUUCCAAUGGUUUUGUUUUCCAUCUUUUUUUCCUGAAUGAGAUCGGCAUUCAAGCAUUCAUAAGUUUUCAGUACAAGAAAUAGAAAUAUUCUUUAGUAUUAUUUGUUGUGUGACUUGGAAGAGUAGAAACCCAUCUCAAUUCGUGACUAUAUAGUCUAUAAACCUUAAUUUUUUGCAGGCUAUAUAGUCUAAGAUGGAUCGCAAGAGUUGGCCAUGGAAGAAAAAAUCAUCUGAGAAAACAGUGGCUGCAACAGAUUCUGCUGCUGCUCCUUUGGCUAUCUUAGCUGGAAAUCAAGGGGAUCAGGUAUCUCAAAAGGGCAAGAUAGGAAUAACAUUGAUUUCCCACUGGAUGGUCCCCUUCUCUGCAUCUAAGGUGAAUGAUGAUGCAGCUCAAAGAGCUAUCGACUUCAUGUUGGGAUGGUUUUUGCAUCCCUUAACGUACGGUGAAUAUCCAAAUAGCAUGAGAUCUAACGUUGGAAAUCGGCUCCCAAAAUUCACCAAAAAGCAAUCUAAGAUGGUGAAAGCAUCGUUCGAUUUCAUUGGAUUGAAUUACUACACAGCGAAUUAUGCACAUUAUAUUCCUCAAUCAAAUAACGUUCCCGCCAGCUACAAUACGGACACUCAUUGUAAUCUCACAGGUAAAUUCCGAUAAACGCCAUUUCAUCUCAGUCUCU